CUGCUGUCGAUCACUCAGAAGCUACGCCCAUCCAAACACGCUCAAGGAGACCAACGGCACAACUUGACAGCAUUUCAUCCUCUUGUUUACUAAAACAUUUUACGCACGCUGCGUAGCUGUGGUUUGAUUCUGCUCAAACUGUCGAGAUGGCUUCCAGCUUCAGGAAACCCAGUGCCACGACAAACCAGCGGAAGAGAGCAGGACCCAAACCUGAACUGACAGAGGAACAGAGGCAGGAGAUCAAAGAGGCGUUCGAUCUGUUUGACACUGACGGGUCUGGAAACAUAGAUGUAAAGGAACUGAAGGUUGCCAUGCGAGCUCUGGGGUUUGAACCAAAGAAAGAAGAGAUAAAAAAGAUGAUCGCUGAUAUUGAUAAAGAAGGGUCGGGCAUAAUUAGCUUCAAUGAUUUCCUUUCUAUGAUGACACAGAAAAUGAGUGAGAAGGACUCGAAAGAAGAAAUCCUGAAAGCUUUCAGGCUAUUCGACGACGACUGCACUGGCAAAAUCUCUUUCAAAAAUCUCAAGCGAGUAGCCAAAGAGCUCGGGGAGAACCUCACGGACGAAGAGUUACAGGAAAUGAUCGAUGAGGCCGACAGAGAUGGUGACGGAGAGAUUAAUGAGCAGGAGUUUCUACGGAUAAUGAAAAAGACCAGUCUGUACUGAAUCACUAAAACUAUUAUUUCUAUAA